GCUGCAGAUGAGGAGGGGGUGAUGAGGAGGGGUGAUGUGAGCAUGCCAAAUGAGCACAUGAAGACAGUAAUGUGAUCUGAGCUGAGUGACAGGACCUCUAUUUUUUCUGCAGAGGUUUGACAGAGCUAUAAAAGAGUCCGAGGCUCCAGCUGCUGACAGAGACACGGACAGAGACACUGAGCAUCAGACCGGGUGGAAUAACCUCCAGAUAAAACACUUAUAUAUAUUUAUCUUUAUAAUAUCAAAGAGAAGAAUGGGACUGCACAGCGUCGAGGAACUGGUGUCCGGUAAGAGGUCAGAGGGCAAGGAGGCGGCUGAUUUCCAUGGCGGAGAGUACGAGGCGGCGGUGGGUCAGGAGAAGAAAGACGGCAUCGAACCGGAAGAGGUCAGCGUGGCAGCUCUCAGCCUGUAUGUUCCCUGUCAGACGGAUAAGAGCGGCCGGCUGAGACUAGAGACGGUUGACGAUCUGUUCAACAUCAUGCAGCUGAAGAAGAGGAGGAGGGAGAGGAAGGCUCCGAUCAAUAAGAAACCACAGCCAGUGCCAGAGACCCUGCCAGCCUGGGUGGAUGAGAACAUGUUUCUGACUGCAGCCAGUGACAACAAGAUGCCGCUGGUGGAGAAGUACCUGACUGACGGAGGAAACCCCAAUGCAGCCGACCAUUUCCAGAGGACAUCGCUGCACAAAGCCUCGUUCAAAGGACACGUGGACGUCAUGAAGAGACUCCUGGAGGCCGGAGCCACCAUCGACAAAAAAGACAAGCUGGAGGCCACAGCGGUGCACUGGGCCUGCAGAGGAGGCAGCCUGCCGGCCCUGCAGCUCCUCAUGGACCAGGGGGCAAAGGUCACCUACAGAGACAAGUUGAACAGCACUCCUCUCCAUGUCGCUGUGCGGACCGGACACUGUGAGUGCGCCGAGCAUCUGAUCCACUGCGGAGCCGACGUCAACGCCAAGGACAGGGACGGAGACACGCCCAUGCACGACGCUGUGAGAAUAAACAGAUUCAAGAUGAUCAAGCUGCUGAUGAUGUACGGAGCCAGUCUCUCCACAAAGAACUCUGAUGGAAAAACCCCUCUGGAGACUCUGAAUUCAUGGCAGAACGGCGCCAAGAGCCUCCUGUGUAACUUCAGCCAGGAGAAACCCGAUGCAGUAACACAUUCCUAAAAACAAAAUCCAACAUGAGAUUCAACCCGUGGAUCGGAUGGAGUGAAGCACCCAAGUCUUUCUUUUAAUAUCUGGUAAUCCGGCGAGGCUGUGCCAAAUGUUCGCUUUCAAACGGCCUACGGUGUUGACUGAUGGAUAUUAACACCCUCAGGGAGUGGUCAUAAAUCUAAAGCUCACUCUAAAGCGGGUAUUGUGGGAAACCACAAAUCUAAUCAGGAUGUUGUUAAUGCUGUGAUUGAUAGCACUGAUAGAUUCAAAUGUUGCUGGACAAUGUUUUUCUUCUUAAGCUGAGUAGAAGUCGGCGAGGACAUAUUUAUUGACAAGAAAAAUAUUUAUUGCGUUUGAUUAAUUUAUUUCAUUAUCAUACACUUAAAGCUAGGGUAGGUAAUUUACUUCAGAAACACUUUUUGUUAUAUUGCUCUUAACAUCCCGAUGGCAAUGAAUACAUCAAAUGCUUUGACAAUAAAUAUAUACAAAUAUUUCAUUUGUGGAAGCCGUGGCGCUGCAAAAAGCUAUACCAAUUAUCUCCUUCGGCCCGCGGCAGAUAACUGGAUGGCCUGCCUGCCUGUCAGCCUUCCAUCUGUGCACAAACUUAUCUCGUGCCCUCAUUGGUCAUGUGCGCGUUCGUGUGUGUUGGAGGAGGGGCUCUGUGAGGAAGUCUGAAGGAAGCGGCAGAUUUUUUUCGGUUGUGUAUUUUCAAAUUCUAGCGCACUCGAGCUGGUUUCUCCAUUCUCACCUACCCCACCUUCAAUAACUGUACGGGAAAGGAUUAGGGCCACGUGUGACAUCUUAUCUCAACAUGUAUUUAUUUGUAUCUCAGAGUUCCGUGUAAAAUGUGAAACUCUGAAAAAUAAAAAAAUCUGAAAAUCUCGGAAUUCUGAGAAAAAAGUCUGAUUUCCAAAAUGUUCGGAUUUUUUCAUUUUUUUUAAUCAGAAUACUGAUUCUGAAAAUAAUCUGAAUUCUAAGGAAAAUGUCAGGAUUGUAAAAAAAAAUGUUGUGGCUCUAAUCCUCUUCUAUAAAACCAAGUGUUCUUGAAUUUACUAACUAAUGGAAACAACUGUGAGACAUUUCUUUAGUUUUUUUUCAGAUCAUCAUCAGUCUAAGGAUUGAUGUAAGUUAACUAAGGUUAUUUAUUUGUAUAAAAAGACUUGAGCUCAGUGUAAAGAAGUAAGAGAGAACUGAGCCCGAUCUUGCUGGUAGACGAUUGUUGUUAUACUUGAACAUUCAGAUGACUUUUUAACCGAGUUCUUAGGUUUUACACGUUUUGAGAUUGAGAUAAGACAGGAAGAAGUACGUUUUUGGAUCAGGAGGAAGAAGAAUAUCUCCACUUUAUUUAUCGAGGUUGCUGUUACAAUUAUUUGUUAACCCUUUCUUUGUUGAUUUCGGUGUAGCUUCAUCUUUGCUGAAGCUCACCUAAAACAAAUUAAAUUCACCUCAACGAUAAAAAAAGAGUGAGAGAGGAAAGACGCAUUGUUGGUUCAGAGGAUGUUUGAAAAGUGUUUAUGAAAACCAGGACCUGAUACGUGAAUGAUUAUCAGAUUUAUUUUUAUUUUUAAAGAUGUAUGUACAUUUUGCCUUAUAUUUUUGGAUUGAUCUAAUAAAAACAUUCAAUUUAAGUUUUGUUUUUUUGACAUAAACCUGCAUGCUUUUGCCUUUUGAACGUGAAGUCAUGUGACCGUGCU